AUGGGCAAUUCUCAGACGAAGGAAGCACGUGGCCACGGCUCCUCUGGCUCACGGGUCAGUGGCAGCACGAGCCCUACGGGACGACAAGAUGGACAACAAAAUGGCCUGGAAGCUCCCCCUCGACCCGCUCACUCCCGCCAACGGAGAGGCAGCCGACCCGACUUCUCCUUCCUCGGCAUUGGUGGGAGCAGUGAUCAAGAUGCCUCCUCGCUCGAGCAACGACGCGAGACAAAGGUGGAGAGGGAGGCUAGAAAGGCAGAAAAGGAGAGAGCCGCAAGAAUCAAGGAGCGCGAGCGCAGCAUGAGAGAAGAGCACGUUGAUGGAGGAUAUCUAGUGACACAAGGCGUCUACGUGGGUACGGAAGACUUCAACAAAGCAAUUGUCCGGCAAUUCAUGAUUGAGAGACGACUGGCUCCAUUCUGGAGAGGUCUGAACGAUUUCUCAGAUUCGUGGGCGGAGCAUCAACUUAUGGCUGCCGCCCGAGGCAUGCCUAUCCCGCCAGCGGAUGAAGUGCCUCCAGAGCUUGAAUACCAGCUUGCGAAGAGGAUAACCACCGACAGGAGCAAAGAAUCUGCGCUCAAGAGCCUUACAAUACCCAUUGGGGGAAGAUCACAAUCCUUCCAGUCCGAUAGCUCUGCACCCCUGUCGCCACCUGCCAAUUCCUUACCACUUCCGUCGCCCUCCUCGCCGCCACCGUCCGGCUCACCGAGCGCCAGCACCUUUCGAACCCGGGCAAAGACAUUAGCUUCUCUGGCGACCUCAUCGCGGGGUAAUUCUCAGGUAGAUAUGACCCCAAGAGAGUUCCAGCUGCCUCCGGAUCCUUUCGUCAAUGGACAGCCCAUCGAAGUCUACCUCUACAAGGACGCAUCGGAAUGCCCAAUCUGCUUUCUAUACUAUCCCCCGUACCUCAACACCACCAGAUGCUGUGAACAGCCUAUCUGUUCAGAAUGUUUCGUGCAAAUCAAGCGGCCUGAUCCUCACCCCCCGGAACACGAGCAACCAGAUCCGAAUGCGCCACCUGUCUCUGACGCCGAGCGUGAAGUGCAGGCGGAUGGUUUGCUUGUUUCUGAGAUUGCAACCUGCCCGUAUUGCAAAACUCCCGAUUUUGGCAUUACUUACGCGCCGCCUCCUUUCCGUAGAGGGCUCACUUACGGCACUGGAUCCCAGCCAUACCAGGUCAUGUCGGCCAUGUCCUCUCAAACCUCAAUUUCUUCUGGAAACUUAUCUCCGGGGCCUGGGCGACGGCGAGGAACUUCUCUGUCGGCAAAUGCUCCGGAGGUCAUUACAACGGAUAAAAUCCGCCCGGAUUGGGCGACCAAGCUGGCAGCUGCUCGGGCCCACGCUGCCCGACGGUCUGCAGCAGCUACUGCGCUGCAUACAGCCGCAUAUCUGAUGAAUGGGCAGGGUGCCGAUUCACGAGCCUUCGCGGCAUUUAGCCGACGCGGGAUGUUGAGACGAUCCACCUUAGAAGGUGGCGAGAACGGCCCAAGUUCGAGCUUGAGUGCACUCACAAUGCUGGCGGAGAGACACGCAGCGCGGCAGCAGGAAGCUGCUGGAGAGACCCGCGCAAGCUCUUUCUUGCCUCCACCACGCGGCAGCAGUUCCCGACGAAGUCGCAUGGACGACCUUGAAGACAUGAUGAUGAUGGAGGCUAUCCGUUUGAGUCUGGCAUCCGAGGAAGAACGCCGUAGGAAGGAGGAAAAAGAAGCGCGCAAAGAAGCGAAGAAGAAAGAAAAAGAGACCAAGAAGGCCGAGAAAGCGGCACGGAAGAACAGUCUUUUCACAGUCAACUCCAACGGUAGUAACGGGGAUGCAUCGAGCAGUCAGAUGGAAAGGUCCCAAAGCAAUCUGUCUCUCGGCCAAGACGAUGACUCGACAACCAGCAAAGGUAAAGGGGUAGAGCGGACUGAUACCCCUCCUGUAGAAGGUGCCAAGAUGGAGGAAGAGGCUCCGCGGCCAUCUUAUAUUCCAGCGCUGUCGCUGUCUGGAACCAGCCAAGAGUCUUUGGCGAGCUCCAUUCCAAUCCCUACUGCGGCUGAGCCAUUCCGACGCUCUCAUCUCCGGCAAAUGUCGAAUGCCUCGUCGACUUCCUCUUCAUUUGUCGAACCAGGUCCUGCAGCUUCAUUUUCAGGCUCCGGUACUCCCCCACCAGGAAGUCUCGAGCCUAUGUUCAACUUCAGAAGCCUGGCUGCAAUGAUUGGAGAAGAUGAGAAAGAUAAUGACAGUGCUCAUGUUGAAAACGCUGCCAGAGACCAAUCACCAAAGUUUCGUGAAAACGCCCGAGAGAAGGGACCUCGGAAAGUUGGCGAGAGUUGGGACCAACACGAUUCGGACCCUUCUGCAUCUUCGGAUUCGUCUCCGGGGCGGGAGAGUGAUCCGGACCCGACAGCGGCAAAUGGGAAGCCUGUCACUGAACCAUCAACCAGUGUAUCACAUGUAUGA